AUGCUCGAGGUGUUGCGCAGCCUGAAGGGCCUGCUGAAGAUCAGCAGGGUUCACACAGACAACAACGUCUUCCGGCUGCACUACACAGUCACGGUCGUGGUGCUCAUCGCCUUCUGCGUCAUCGUCACCACCAAGCAGUUCGUCGGGGAGCCCAUCGACUGCAUACACAGCGGGGAAGUGCCCGAGUCGGUCAUCAACACGUUCUGCUGGAUACACACUACCUACACCGUCCCCUCGGCCCACGGGAAGGAGGUGGGCAAGGAGGUACCCCACCCGGGCAUCGACUCGACCCAGGACGAGAAGCUCUUCCGAUACCACAAGUACUACCAGUGGGUCUGCUUCACGCUGUUUUUCCAGGCCGCGCUCUUCUACGUCCCGCGCUGGCUGUGGCGCGUGUGGGAAGGGGGCAAGAUCCGGGCCCUGACCAUGGACCUGGACAUCGGACUGUGCAGCGAGCAGGAGAAGAAGCAGAAGAAGAAACUGCUGGUGGACUACCUGAUGGGUAGUCUGAGACAGCAUGACUGGUACGCUCUGCGCUACUUCCUCUGCGAAGCUAUGGCGUUCGCCAACGUGGUGGGUCAGCUCUUCCUGAUGGAUCGCUUCUUCGAGGGCGAAUUCCUCAGCUACGGUAUCGAAGUGAUUCGCUAUAGCGAGAAGGACCAGGAAAUGCGCACCGAUCCCAUGAUCCGCAUCUUCCCCAGAGUCACCAAGUGCCGCUUUCACAAGUACGGUGCCUCGGGAAACAUUGAAGUGCACGACGCGCUGUGUGUGCUGCCUUUGAACGUCAUCAACGAGAAGAUAUACAUCUUCCUGUGGUUCUGGUUCAUCAUACUCUCCGUGCUCACGGGAGCGGUUCUGGUGUUUCGCGUUGUGAUCGCCGCCUGCCCACUGGUCAGGGUGCAUCUGCUCAACAUGCGAUUCCGCAUCGUGCAUCUGGACCACUUGCACACUGUGGUGCGACGCGGGUCCGUGGGCGACUGGUUCCUGGUGUACAUGCUCGGACAAAACAUUGACGCGGUCAUCUUCAAGGAAGUGCUCGCCGAGAUGGCCAAGAGAAUGACUACCGAGCCCAAGGAGGCCGCAUGA